AUGAAUAAAUUAUAUUUUGUCUUUAAAUUUUGUACAGACACUUAAAAGUCAAUAUAUAAACUUGAAAAUGCUCAAAAAUAUAUAUCUGAAUUAGUCUAAAAGACUGAUUGGAUCAGCUUUGCAAUAUCCAAGCAUAUCCCUAAAUAAGUGAGGUAUUCAUUAAUAAUUGAAUAAAGAUAAGAUUAUUUGAACAUUUGUCAAUUUCAUAAUGAAUUAGCGAGAAUUGAAGAAACUUCUAAAGAAAGAUCACUUGGAGUAGGCAAACUAUAAUAUUGGUCAGAUUAAAUUGAUUAAGUAACAUUGCUAAAGAUAUUGAGAUUUUUUUAGAUAAUCCUUAAAGAGAACCUUUAUCAAUUUGUCUUCAUAACAGUUGUAAAAACAACCCAUUACCAAAAUAUCUUUUUCAAAAAAUGAUAAAUUAUCGCAAAUAAUAAGUAGAGAAGGGAGAAUUUUCAAAUCUUGNUACAACCUUUAUAGAAAGUACACUAAAAUACAAAUUUCCCUAUAUCUAUCCACCUCUAAUUAGAAAAUUUAUAGUUUCUUAUUUAAAAAAUGAUUCAUAGAUUCUAUAUCAUAUAAAUUAUGAUUCACAUGCUACUCAAUUAGCAAUUGAAGAUUAUUAUUGGGAUAAUCCAGGACAUUUAAUUACUGGUACUAGUCAUCCUAUUUUAAAAAUGUUAUUAUUAAAAUCCCAAAAUAAUUAGAUUCCUUAAUAUUAUGAUAAAUUUAUUAAUGCUCCACUCUAUGAAGGACAAUUUAGUUUAAAGGCUUGUCUUUAAUAAAAUGGUAAUCUUAUUGUUGUUGAGAGAAGGUAAUAAUAAUAAUAAUUGAUUUUAUAUUAGAUUCUUAAGUCCCUUUUCUCAUGGUUUUCAUAAUAUUAAAAUUGAAAUUAAUCGAACAACAAAUCUUAUUGUUAUGAAACAGAAUGGAAAAAAUUAUGAGAUCUAAUCAAAAUCCAUUCAAUUAUUUUGGAAUGAAGUUCUAUCAAAAUACUUAUAAUUAUAUCAUUCGUAUUAUCUUAUUUUAAGUUUAGAAAAUAGUUGUAUAAUUACUUUGUUGAUAUCAUUAACUAAGAUAAAAAGAUCUUAGAAAAGUACUAGAAAUGGAAUUAACUAUAUUAAUACAUGAGCAAAUCUAAUUAAUUAAAAUCUAAUAAGUCAAAUGAUAACAUUAUCAUCCUGAAUGAUAAGAAAUUCUUUUGUUAUUCAAUAGAAAAAAUAAAAAAUGGAAACAACAUUAAAUAUUAAUGA